AUGGCAGGUCACAAUCAAACACCACCAGAAAAAUCCCUUUCCAAACAUUCUAACACCAAUAAUUCUGGUAUGGAUCCAUCAAACCCAUACUUUAUUCAUCAUUCAGAUCAACCCAGUCACAUACUCGUUCCGACAAAAUUAAAUGGCGCCAAUUAUCCAUCAUGGAGUAAAUCCAUGAUCCAUGCUCUCACAGCCAAGAAUAAAAUUGGCUUUGUUAAUGGAUCCAUUGAGCCACCUUCAGAAACAGAACAACCAACAGAAUAUGCAUUAUGGAAUCAAUGCAACAGCAUGAUUUUAUCAUGGCUCACUCACUCAGUGGAACCUGAUCUAGCCAAAGGGGUUAUUCAUGCCAAGACAGCCCAUAAAGUAUGGGAAGAUUUCAAAGAUCAAUUCUCACAGAAAAAUGCACCAGCAAUCUAUCAGAUCCAGAAAUCCUUGGCCUCUCUCUCACAAGUCACCAUAACAGUCUCAACUUAUUUCACAAACUCAAAGGCCUUUGGGACGAAUUAG